UUCACAAAUGUGACGAUGUAAGAUAACCCCUUGUUUGUACAUUUGUACUGUAGUGAUGUCUGCCAUGGUGUCCGUUGCUGCUCUAGUUCUCGGACUACUCGUUGGCACUGCGUUAGGAGCAAAUAACGAACGUGCUUCUACGUCAUCAGGACUGUGUGAUGUUAACGCAGCUACACUGAAACACGAAUUGGGAAGUAUUUGUGAACCCCCAACAACUCUGCUUAACGUUCGUUAUGGCAGUGAUGAUUUUUUUCUGUGCGACGAAACGUCUUCUAAAUUGGAAACUUCUUCUCAACCAACGGAAGUGAUAUUUGACCAAGCUGAGGCGGGAAAGACGUACACUGAUGGUUGACCCAGAUGCUCCUAACCACAGUCUGGAAAGUCUUACAUUCUACCUUCACUGGGCAAUUACAGACAUAACGGGAGAGAACCUUAAACGUGGACUCGUCCAGGGAACAACGCUAAUCGGUUACCACGGUCCUAACACGCCCUUCGGCAUUCAUAGAUACCAACUGGUCGUGUUCGAGUCUACAACCGGUGUACAUCUCACGGACCAACACAGAGGCCAUUUUUCACUGCUAAAUUUUGUAAAUGUAAACAGUGCAAGUCUUUGCUCGGUGGUCGCUGUGUUCCAGUUCCGGGUACCACCUUAGUGCCUUGAGAGUUGACAAACAAUAACGUCUUAGCUUUGUUUAUUUUCAAAUACAACGAUCUAAUAUAAAAGUAGAAAAAUCCGCUCUGUAGUAUGUAAUUCCUAGUAAUAAGUGCCAACAUAAGAAUAUGUACAUUAACACUUUUAAUUGAUCAUUUGAAAAUAAAUUUGGCAGUAAUUGCUGGAUCGUUACUCUGUGGAACACGUAUUCAAUCAUGGAUAUGUUCCAGCUGAAGAGAGGAAAACACAAACAAAAACACACUCAUUUUCGUCAUUUGUUGGUAAAUUUUAUUUAUUACUGCGUGUUU